CGGCAAGAUUGAACUGUAACAAAAGUGCAACAUUUUCACACUUUUAGCGCUUUAAUUUAAUUAAAACCACGUCUUCUGUUCUCAAGAGGAAGAUUACAGGUUUGCUGCCAUGUGGAUCCAGGUGCGCACUAUGGAUGGCAAGGAGACCCAUCGGGUAGACUCCCUGUCCAAGCUCACCAAGGUGGAUGAGCUACGUGUGAAGAUCGCAGAGCUCUUCAAUGUCGAAGCUGAGAGGCAGCGACUCUUUUACAGGGGCAAACAGAUGGAAGACGGCCACACAAUCUUCGACUAUAAUGUUGGGUUAAACGACAUCGUGCAACUUCUGGUGCGUCAGAAGCUCACAUCGGCGCCGCUGCCGAAGGACAAAGAGGCCGAGCUGUACGACUCUGACUCCGGCUGUGGAUCGGCCCAGAGCGAGUCUGAUAAGAGCUCCACACACGGCGAGAGCGACGGCCAAGGCGCCGGGACCUCGGGCCAGACUGACACGCCGGAUCUCAUCGACCCUGGCUUUGGCUUUUACAAGAUCAAUGAGUUUGUGGACGCUCGAGACUUGAACAUGGGUGCCUGGUUUGAGGCGCAGAUUGUCAACGUGACGAAAACGACAAAGUCUUCGAGUGAAGACGGAGGAUCUGAUGGGGAAGAGGAGAUCAUUUACCAUGUCAAAUAUGAAGAUUACCCUGAAAAUGGCGUGGUGCAGCUGUGUGGGCAAGACAUCCGACCUCGGGCGCGCACCGUCUACCAGUGGCACCAGCUGGAGCAGGGCAUGAUCGUGAUGGUGAACUUCAACCCGGACGAGCCCAAGGAGCGCGGCUACUGGUACGACGCGGAGAUCCAGAGGAAGAGAGAAACACGCACCCAGCGCGAGGUUUACGGCAAGAUCCUGCUCGGAGACGCUGGCGAUUCUCUCAACGACUGUCGCAUCAUGUUUGUAACCGAAAUCUACAAGAUCGAGGAGCCAGGAAGUUCGGAGGGUCCAGGAGCCUCUUCUGACAGCCCUCUCAAGAGGUCGAACGGACCUGAGUGCAAGGUCUGCAAAGACGACCCAAAGAAGAACUGCCGCAUGUGCAACUGUCACGCUUGUGGCGUGAAGCAGGAUCCCGACAAACAGCUGCUGUGCGACGAAUGCGACAUGGCGUUUCACACCUACUGCCUGAACCCGCCGCUCACCACCAUCCCUGAGGACGAGGACUGGUAUUGUCCUGAAUGCCGUAAUGACGCCAGCGAGGUGGUUCUGGCCGGAGAGAAGCUGAAGGAAAGCAAGAAGAAGGCCAAGAUGGCGUCAGCGAGCUCGUCCAGUCAGAGAGAUUGGGGGAAGGGUAUGGCGUGUGUCGGCCGCACUAAACAGUGCACCAUCGUUCCCUCCAACCAUCACGGCCCUGUUCCUGGAGUCCCAGUGGGAACGCUGUGGAAGUUCAGAGUGCAGGUGAGUGAAUCCGGCGUUCACAGGCCUCACGUCGCUGGGAUUCACGGCAGGAGUAACGACGGCGCUUAUUCUCUGGUUCUCGCCGGGGGCUACGAAGAUGACGUGGACGACGGUAACGAGUUCACCUACACGGGAUCCGGGGGUCGCGACCUCUCGGGAAACAAGAGGACGGCCGAGCAGUCCUGCGAUCAGAAGCUCACCAACAUGAACAGGGCUCUUGCUCUGAACUGCAACGCGGCGGUGAACGAGAAGGAAGGCGCCGAGGCCAAAGACUGGAAAGCUGGGAAACCCGUGAGAGUCGUGCGCAGCUCCAAAGGACGCAAACACAGCAAGUACAGUCCCGAAGACGGCAACCGCUACGACGGCAUUUACAAGGUGGUGAAGUAUUGGCCAGAAAAGGGCAAGUCCGGCUUCCUUGUUUGGAGAUACUUGCUGAAACGUAACGACGAUGAACCUGCGCCGUGGACCCGCGACGGGAAAGAGCGCAUUAAGAAACUGGGGCUCACCAUGCAGUAUCCUGAAGGUUAUCUGGAAGCCGUAGCUGCGAAAGAAAAGGAGAAAGAGAACAAAAACGUAGACGACGACGACGUUGAAGAAACGCCCACCAAGGGCAAGAGGAAGAGGAAAUCCCAGACCGUGGACGAGAAGAGCUCUCCGGCCAAAAGCACGCCUAAGAAGAUGAAAGUGGAGGCGUACAAACUGAGCAAAGAGCAGAAGGCCUUGAUCAAGGACGACGAGCUCAACACGAAGCUGUGGGACGAAGCCAUGGAGUCUCUCAACCUCGGACCUCGCUUCAUCAACAAAGUGGAGGAAGUUUUCCUGUGCAUCUGCUGCCAAGAAGUCGUCUAUCAGCCCAUCACCACAGAAUGCCAACACAACGUCUGCAGGGAAUGCCUUCAGCGAUCUUUCAAAGCCGAGGUCUACACCUGUCCAGCCUGCCGACACGACCUGGGCAAAAACUACCAAAUGACGGUGAACAAACCUCUCCAAGCCAUCCUCACUCAGCUCUUCCCCGGAUACAGCAGCGGCCGGUGUUGACGCUGAUGCUGUCGGCACGGCGACUCAGUGCGACAGAAUUUCACGAACGAAACAUGGAUUUCUUUUUU